CAGCGGUGAAGAAGCCAUUCUUGGGGGCGACAGUCCUCACUUUCUCCAUCUUCAUCGCCAUUGUCCUGUUUCCUCCUCUGCAUCCCUUUUUCCAGGCCCCAAUCUCCCUCGAUUCUCCGCGACUUGAAAGACCAGAAAUAUGGAGCGUCCGGAGGCUUGUGGAGUGGCGGCCAUGCAAUUGGUGGCUCCAGCAUAAUUUUUCUGAAUUUGCAUAUGGUUUUUUGUCUUGAAAAACUGCAGCUCUACCAGAUGGGACCAAUGGUUAUAUCAGAGUGGAUUGUUUUGGUGGGCUCAAUCAGAUGAGGCGGGAUUUAUGUGAUGGAGUUGGCAUAGCUCGUUUGCUUAAUGCAACUCUUGUUCUUCCCAAGUUUGAAGUGGCUGCAUACUGGAAUGAAUCAAGAUAUCUUCGAUGUGGAUUAUUUCAUCAACCAAUUGGAUGGCUUUGUUAAAGUGGUAAAAGAGCUUCCUGCCGAGAUUGCUUCAAAGGAACCUUUCCGAGUUGAUUGCAGCAAGCGUAAAGGCGUCUUUGACUAUGUUGAAAAUGUUCUCCCUUCCCUGUUGGAGCAUCAUUAUAUUGCUAUAACACCUGCAAUGAGUCAAAGGAGGGACAGGUACCCUUUGCAUGCAAAAGCUGCAUUUUGUCAAGGCUGUUAUAACGCCUUACGCCUUGUAGGGUCAUUAGAAAAGAAAGCUUCGGAUCUCCUUCAGACCAUACCAAAACCGUUCCUCUCCCUCCACCUCCGGUUUGAACCAGACAUGGUGGCUUACAGCCAGUGUGACUAUCCAAACCUUUCUCCAUCUUCUUUGAAAGCGAUAGAGGCUGCCCGAGGUGACCGAAAGCCUUGGGCGGGGGAAGCUGCCCGAAUAUGGAGAAACCGUGGGAAGUGUCCCCUUACACCAAAUGAAACGGCCAUCAUCCUUAAAGCCCUUUCUAUCCCCACAAACACAAACAUAUACUUAGCAGCUGGCGAUGGUCUGAUGGAGUUGGAAGGGCUAAGAUCUGCCUACACGAACGUGGUGACCAAAUCCGGUCUGAUCAAAGGUGAGGAUUUCACAAAAAUGCACGGGAACACCAAAGCGGCGCUUGAUUAUUAUGUGUCCAUUAACAGUGAUGCUUACGUGGCAACCUAUUUCGGGAACAUGGACAAGAUGGUGGCGGCGAUGAGGGCUCUCAAGGGGUUGGAUAGGACAUUGUUUUUGAAGAGGAAAGAUUAUUCUGUGCUUUUUUCUCAGGGCCUUGUGGGGAAGGAAUUGGAAGAUGCCCUUUGGAAGGUACAUAGGGAUGAUUAUGUGAUGGGGAAGGGAUCUGCUUUGCCUGACUGCUUCUGUGAAGAAAAAAUCUAAACUUUAAGGGUCUGUUUGGUACACGGAAUUGAAAUUGAAUUAGGAGUUGAAAUUCUAUGGACUUGAUUUGGAUAGAAUUGAAUUUUCAAAUUCUAAUUCAUUUUUGACACUACCAAUUCCAAAUCCACAUUUUUGUGCUAUCAAACAUUAGAAUUGGAAUUAUUGUCCUCAAUUCCAAUUCUACAGUUUGAAUUUCGUGUACCAAACGAAGCCUAAAAGUUUUCUGUAAUUUGUUUUAUUACCAUUUAUUUUUCUUGCAUGUUGUGUCAUCUGUGUUGAAUUUGCACAAUAUCAAUUUAAUACAUCUUGAAUACUGGU